UGUCCACUCCUGCGCGUUGUUGAACAGUACGGCCUUUUGGUAUCCAUCGUCUCGAAUCUUACACCUGAAGACUUGUUCUCCUUAGCAGCGGCAUCCAAAUCUAUAUACAAAGCAAUAUUCUCCGGUAAAGCGAGUAUGCCCAAUAUACUCAGCAAGAUGCCUUGCGCUGGCAGAGGCCUUCAUAUCCGACGUAUCAACCAUGUCAGAUCGCCUGUCACCUUACGCCCUCGGUGCCUUGGCUUUGACAUUUGCGGAGCCAUGAGGGGAACCGUUGAAACACAUCCUUGCGUCAAGUGCCAGUUGAAUACCUGUGACGAAUGUCGCAUACACUGCGUAUUCAAUAGCACCGUUGAGCCCGAGGAAGAGCCAGACGAGCUGCCCACGUAUAGCGGUUUCGUCCUUCUUUCUCCCCACGACAUGGGCAUUCUGACACCCGCGCACCUCAUGUUGCCCGGCGAAAACCCAAAAACUCUGGUCCCAUACCAUGAUAAAGGCUUCCUCGAUUCUCCAUGGAUAACCACUGAAUUCGUUAACCCCGAAUCAGUCGAUGAAAUUCUCGAUUUUGAUCUUGCACGAGGUCCUCUACGGCUAGCGAAUGACUCCAACGCUCGUCACCCAUCGUCUAUUAUUAAGGCUUUCUGGCAUUAUACAGAGGAACGAAAGCUGAAAAUGUGUGACGACUGUCGAGAAGUGCAGCAAGUGGGCGACUUUCACCCCCAGCAGCACAAGUGUGCGUGCACACUUCGAGAACACGUCCUCGGGCAAUGGACAUGCGUGGAGUGUUUCCAGAAAGAG